CUAGCCACACCUCUUUCAAGAUGUCGUGGAAAACUUUCAAGUUUUUCGAAUACGAAGAAGUGAAGGAUCCAGAGACGAAUGAACCUCUGAACAAGCUAAAGGACUUGGGGAUCACUUGCUGUUCCUGUGGGCGUGGCCUCAUGAUAUUUGGAGAUUCAUCGGGAGGGUUCCACAUCAUGUCCAGUAUCACUGACAUGUUGUUCUGUCACGCGUACGCUCUUCGUGUCCAACACAUUUACCAGCUCAAGUCUCGUAACGUGUUCCUCACCGUCGGAGACGAUGAAGACUUUUGUCCGCUCAUUCGUGUGUGGAACCUGGACAAGCGUGAUAAGCAAGGUUUUCCUACAUGUACGAGGACAAUAAAGGCAGCUAUUUAUGACGGAGGGAUUGAGAAAAGAAGACCAGCUGUUAUGUGUAUCUGUGCUCAUGAGAAUACUAACCUCAUUGCUAUUGGUUUCAAAGAUGGUACAGUGACUACCGUACGUGGGAACAUUAUGAGAGACAGACAGUCGAGACAGAAGAUUGUACAUGAGGAACCUGAACCUGGAACAUAUGUAACUGGAUUGGCAUUUCGUCAGCUAGGUAAUAUUCCUGUUUUAAUGAUUGCGACAAACAGAGCUGUUUACUCUUGUUUCAUGGACGACAAGAAUACCAAAUAUCACAUUGGUACGUUUGGUUGUGAGCUAAACUGCUGUGCUCUGACAGACCACACCCAGGACUAUAAGUUUGUUAUUGGGACCACAGAACUGGUUCAGUUCUUCACCGUUGACCUCCCUGCCCAAUGCAAGGCUUUUGAAGGUGACAAGUUUUUGCUGAGGUGGUAUAGAGGCUACCUCAUUACAGCUACAGAGGGCGGUAGGAUGGGCGGGGCUAGAGGAGGAGGAGGAGGAAAGGAAACUAAAACACUGACCAUAUACGACAUGCAAAACCAGUUCAUAGCCUACCAGACCACAUUCAAUACUCGUAUUGUUGAUGUGUUGAGUGAGUGGGGGUCACUCUAUGUACUGCUGAAGGAUGGGAGGCUGAUCAGACUGGACGAACUGGACACUAAAACUAAACUGGAGACAUUGUUUAAGAAGAACCUUUAUGAUACAGCCAUUAGCUUAGCACGCAGUCAGUCCUAUAGUGAUGGUCUUGUUGAGAUAUUCACACAAUAUGGUGACCACCUGUACAGUAAGGGAGAUUACGACGGAGCCAUCACACAAUAUAAACUGACAAUCGGUACACUGGAGCCGUCCUAUGUCAUAAGAAAGUUUUUGGAUGCUCAAAGGAUUUUCAAUUUGACAGACUAUUUAAAGGAGCUCCAUGACAAGAGACAGGCUAACGCUGAUCAUACCACCCUCCUCCUCAACUGCUACACGAAACUCAAGAACGAGGAGCAACUCAGUGCCUUCGUUAGCGAGGAGCAGGCUCCGUUUGAUGUUGAGGCUGCUAUUAAGGUUUGCCGUCAGGCUGGCUACCCUGAGCACGCCCUCACCCUCUCCAAAAGAUUCUCCAACCACGACUGGUAUCUUUUAAUUGUCUUGGAAGACCUCCAUAGGCACAAUGCUGCACUUCAAUAUGUCCGCUCUCUUCCAUUUGCAGCUGCUGUUCCUAACAUGAUCAAAUAUGGGCGGAGUCUCAUUAAAGAGUUGCCAAUGGAAACAACAGAUUUAUUAAUAAUGCUUUGCACUGAUUGGCCAGUUGACCGAGAUCACGUGACUCAAGCCCAGCCUUUGCCCGGGGCCAUACAACCUUCACCUGCUCCAAAGUUUUGUGCUGACCCAGCGAAAUUCAUAUCAAUUUUUGUUGAUAAGAAGAAACACUUGAUGCUUUUCCUUGCAGAAAUAAUAAGAAUUCGUGACUACUGGAAGAGUAGUGUGGUCUGCAAUACUUUACUUGAGCUGUAUCUUAAAGGAAUCACAAGCAAGGAGGAGAGAGGAGAGAAAGAAAUGAAAGCUUUGGAUCUCUUGAAGAACCCUCUUGCCGAGUAUGACACUGAUCACGCUCUCAUGCUGGCAAGGACUUGUAAUUUCCAGGACGGGAUCCUUUACCUUUAUCAGAAGACAGGACUAUAUCGUGAAAUCAUCACUUAUUAUAUUGAUAAUAAUAAUAUUGAUAUGAUCAUGGACUCAUGCAAGCGAUUCAGUAAUCAAGAACCCACCGUGUGGAUACAGGCCCUCAUAUACUGUGCCUCUCAUGAAGAUUGUAAGGAUCGUAUUUCUGAAGUACUCAGACACAUUGAGGAACAGCACCUGCUCCAGCCACUGGUCGUAGUACAGCUGCUGGCCAGUAACAGAUACGCCACAUUGGCUGAUAUUAAGGACUACAUUGUGCGUCAUUUAGAAGAACAAAACGAGUCAAUUGCGAAGAGUGAAGGCCAGAUCAAAGAGUACGGAGAAAGCACCAAUCAGAUGAAAGACGAGAUCAGCCUAUUGCAAAGAAAGGCGAGAGUGUAUCAGGUUCGUAAGUGUAACCAGUGUAACCGAGGUCUUACACUACCAGCUGUUCACUUCUUAUGCCAGCACUCUUAUCAUCAAACUUGCCUUGAGGACGAAUACGAGAAUGAGUGUCCGACUUGUGCCAGAGAGAAUAGAAAAGUACUGGAUAUUAUUCAAAGACAAGAACAAUCAACAGAUUUACAUGAAACAUUUCAUGCACAACUUGGUCGGGCUCCCGAUGGUUUUUCUGUAGUAGCUGAUUAUUUCGGGCGAGGAGUUUUCUCUGACGCAAUGAAGCAAGUAAGAUAGAUGAAGCUAUCUCUGUUUUCAUGGCUUUCUCUGUAUAAACAUUGAAACAGACAGUGUUUGUAUGUGUGUGUGUGUGUUUGUAUUGGCUUAUGAAAGUCCCUCUAUAUAAUCCAA